ACCACUCUUAGCUGUUGACGUCCUUUGAUGGGGUUUAUCCGGAAGUCUCACUGCACAGCUCAGCAUACAUUUAUUUCAGCUAAUUUUAAAGUUGUAAAAUCCAUCCAGACAGAGUUUUGGGGUAGCUUUUGCAUCAUGUCUCAUCAGACUGGUAUCAAACCUUCCCCUGAACUGGCUGAAAUAAUUGCAGUAGCCAAAGACAUACAAGGAAGGACAAGAGCAUUAAAGGUGAUAAUUGUCAAUGAGCAAUUGGAGCUAGCAGAGAAAUGUGAUGUCAGAGGCACAUGGGAAGCUGAUUUUGAUGCCGUGAUACAGCCACUGCUGGAAGAGAAGACACCCUCCUACAUCCUGUACCGGACGGACAACCAAGAUGAUAAGGGAUCAUACAAGUGGAUCUUCAUCCCCUUCAUCCCAGAUAAUAGUCCAGUUCGUCAGAAAAUGUUGUAUGCUAGUACAAAAGCAACAAUGAAGAGGUCUUUUGGAGGAACUAGUCAUAUAGAUGAGGAACUUCCAGGCACAACAAAGAAUGAGGUGUCCUUUGAAGGCUAUAAAAAGCACCUGGAAAUGAAGGCUGCUCCCGGUCCUCUGACGGAGGCAGAAGAGGAGGCUAAGCAGGUGAUGGAAAUGGAAACCAGAUCAGAUAUUGGUGUGGACACCAAGAGUCAGACAUUACCCGGUCUUGCCUUCCCUGUAGAGGAAGCUGCCAUUCAGAGGAUAAAGGAGGUCAGAGCGCUCAAAAACACCUAUGUACAGCUGUUGAUCGAUGCCAAAGAGGAGGUUAUCAGGUUAGCAAACUGUGACCAUACGAACGUGGAUUCUUUGCCAUCUAGAGUGCCUGAUGAUAGCCCGAGGUAUCAUCUCUUUGUUUUCCCGCACACGUAUGAAGGAGAUAAUCUCAACAGCAUAGUGUUUAUCUACACAAUGCCUGGCUACAAGUGCCCUGUUAAAGAAAGGAUGUUGUACUCGAGCUGUAAGGCUCCGUUCCUGUACAGCUUGGAGCAGAUGGGUUUCGAGCUGGCAGCCAAGAUUGAGAUUGGAGACCGCGAUGAACUGACGGAAGAGUUUCUUAUGAGUGAAGUGCAUCCUAUAAGAAUGGUUCACAAGCCAAAGUUUAGCAAACCUCAGGGACCAGCAGGAAGGAGAGGUCAAUCACGGGUCACCAAUACUAACAAAUGAAUAAGUUAUUGAAAGAUGUUUUUAUGCAUUGAAUACCGGUGUGUUUUGAGCUGAGGAUGAGUAUACCUAUAAACUAGUACCUAGAAGUUAACCACAGUUCAUUGUAUCCGAAAACAAUUCCAAAACAACGUCCAUCUUCUGAAGAGAGUUUGAAUCAUGUCUAGAAAUUAUUGUUACUUCUCUUUAUUCUAAGCCCACAGUGUAACUUAUCUUUAUUCUAAAUCUACAAUGAAUCGUGGGAUUUAUAUGUACAUAUUAUUCUAUUUCCUCAUUUCACGUAUGUUGUUCCUGUGAAUGAUUAAAUUUACAGUGUAUUUCAUAAUAGCAGUCACUGUAUAUUUCCUUCAGAUAUAAAAGGUCUUUUAUCCCAGAAUUUGCUUUUAUUGCUAUUUUAUAGAGCAGUAGUAAGGUGAAUAAGACCGAAUGUUAGGCACUUUGGAGGUUUUGAAACCAAAUUGUAGGUGUAUACAGUAUUAGAGAUCAGGCUCAUUUGUAAUUCAAUAAUAUAGUGUUGUAUUGUUAAUCUCCCAUGUCAAGCAGUUGCAGUAGUGAAACUUAAGUACUGAUGGCAUAUAUUUCUCCCUUCAUGCAUCCAUAUUAUAAGUUGAUUAAAUGAUUCUUGUAAUUGUAAUUAUCUGUAGUGUUGGACCAAAGACCGGUCCAUUAGACAAAAUGGUGAUUAAGUUUUGAAAAGUACCGGUAUGUGUGCAAAAUGUAGUUGUAUUGUUUAUUGUUAAUACAGAAUAUAAUAUAACUUUUAAAUCAUUUUAGCGAAACAGAAUUGUGGCAUAUUGUAACAAGAUUAAUGUCUGUAGAAAAAAGGGGAGAACAUAGCCAAAGCAUACAUUAACCUUGAAAAAGUAGAGAAAACUCACUGAAAAGUACAAAACUCUCAAUCUCUCUCUCUUUGAUAUAAGAUAUAACCAAAGCAUACAUGCAUCAUCUUGAAUAAAGUAUAGUAUUACUAUUUCCUGUUUUUCUUCCAGGAAAUAAAGAACAAUGGGAAUAAGUAUUGUCAUAACAAUGCAAGAAAGAACAAUGCUGUAAUGCUUUGAACUUACACAAAGUAUAUGUA